AUGUUAGAAAAAAUGGAAAAAGAUUUACUCCCCACAUCAACGGAAUGUUUAAAAUUUAUUUUCAAUAAUGUUAAUAAAUCGUAUAGGAAAUUUCAAAAUACGAAAUUGUAUCUAAUUUUAACGAAAACAACACAACCCGCACACAUAGCAAUCAUGUUAGCUGGUUUAUUAAUUGUAUCAUCAUUGCAAACGACAAAAAAUUUAAAUAAUAAUAAUAAUAAUAAUAAUAAUAUUUUAUUUAAAUUUAUUUAUGCGUCAACAACGGCUGCACAUUUUGGAUCUCAAAUAUGGAUGACCUUUGCUUCAGGUCUCUCCCUGUAUUUUUCACUACCUCGACACCAUUUCGGCGAAGUGCAAAAAGUAUUAUUCCCGUUGUAUUUCACCCUGACAAGCAUUCUUAGUUUAAUCACGUUGUUAGCACAUCUUCAAUUAAAAACAAACAGUAUACAAACGACAAUCAUACUCACGAUUAGUUUUCUAAUAGAAUCGUUCGUAAGGUUGUACCUGUGCGAUCCACUGGUUAAACUCAUUUGUUUGAAAAACGAUAUGGAAGCCGAACACGGUUUAGGUAUGGAAAUCGGUAAACUUUCAAACGAUUCCUCGCUUUUCCAAUCUCUCGACUAUAUAAAAAUUCAUAAUAAAUUUAGACGUCUUCACAUGUUAAUCGCCAUGUCUAAUAUCCUUUGUAUUAUGUUUUCAAUUGUUCAUUUAUACAUAGCCGUUUCCGACGUUAAUUUUAAUUAA